AACGUCCUCCCUCCAGGCUCCACAUGUCAGCCCCCCGGCUGCUUUGCGUCUCUGUUUGAGCUAAAGAGAGAGAAAAAUAGGGGUUGUACUAUGUUUUAAUCGGAUGAAUAAGGGGAUUAAUGCCCAAAAUUUCCAAUUAAGGCAAUGGAUUCAUCUUCAACCCUAACAAUAUUAUUCAUAAUCACCCAAUUUUGGAGCCAAAAAAAUUGUGGGCAAAUGCGUGAAAUUUCUGGGUUUUUUCAACAACUCUUAAAAACAACAAACAAAAUUGCAUUAAAAGCACAAACGCCUUUGUCUUUCCCACUUCCUCUUUUUCUUCCUUUUCGUCUUCUUCUCAUUCUUUGUUUUUCUUGUUGCUUUUAAUGGAGGCUUCUAAAAAUGCACAUUCUGGUUUGGCUGACAAGUUUGCUAGGAAAAUACCAGCAGUGAAGCCUAUAGUAAGAAGUAGGACCUUUGGAUCCUUGUUUUCUUUAACUGCUCAAGACUUCCGAUCCUUAAAUAUACAAAAGCAUGUAAAUGACAAUAACUCGUCAAGAGGAGUAGCGGAAGUUUGCGGGAAACAUGUAAAUUCACAAAAAGAAUCACAAGCAAAGGCUGCAACUAUUUGUAUUCCUUCCAAAACUCAUUUUCGAUGGAGAAAACUUUACAAAACAUGGAAAAAGAAAUCACUUAAACACCUAUCAAGUUCAAGUUCUGUAAAAAAGAUAUGCAGUAAAGUGCUUCGAAGGGAAGAUAAUGUGCCGACCCCACAUGUCGAUGCUGGUUUGUGCCAAAUGAAGGCUUCUUGGAAGAUCUUCUCCUUUUCUGACCUUCAAAAGGCAACCAACAAUUUUAGUGAAGAGAACUUGAUUGGAAAAGGUGGCUUUGCAGAAGUUCAUAAAGGGUGUUUAAAAGGAGGACAGCUGGUGGCUGUCAAGCGCCUAACUAUAGAAACACAUGAAGAAAGGGCUACUAGCUUUCUUUCGGAGCUCGGUAUCAUUGCGCAUGUAGAUCAUCCUAAUACAGCUAAAUUAAUUGGCUAUGGUGUAGAGAGGGGACUCUACAUUGUUUUGGAAUUGUCGUCUCUUGGGAGUCUGGGCACUCUUCUGAAUGCAGGUUCAAAGGAAAACUUACAGUGGGGAAUUAGGUAUAAAAUUGCAUUAGGGACUGCUGAUGGUCUCAUGUAUCUUCAUGAGGAGUGUCAAAGGAGAAUUAUCCACAGAGACAUCAAAGCUGAUAAUAUAUUGCUUACUGAGAACUAUGAGCCUCAGAUAUGUGACUUUGGACUUGCAAAAUGGUUACCAAGACAAUGGACUCAUCACAAUAUAACCAAAUUUGAAGGCACUUUUGGUUAUUUUGCUCCGGAGUACUUCAUGCACGGCAUAGUGGAUGAGAAAACUGAUGUCUAUUCUUUUGGGGUGCUGCUUUUGGAGCUUAUUACAGGACGCAGAGCUUUCAGCAAUGAAAAUCAAAGCAUUCUGCUAUGGGCCAAACCUUUUCUUGAUGAACAUGACCUGAAGCAGCUUGUUGAUCCCAUGCUUGGUGAUGACUAUGAUGAAGAGGAGUUGGAUCGCAUGGUCUUGACUGCCGCCCUGUGUACACAACAAACUUCAGUUUUACGGCCCCGAAUGAAUCAGGUCGUUAUUCUGCUCAGAGGUGACGAUCAUGAUCCCAAGAAUGCGAACAGAACCCAAAUCCAGAAUCUUCGUAGAACAUACUCAGAAGAGCUCUUGGAUGCCAAAGAAUACAACUCAACAAAGCAACUAAAUGACCUUCGACGCAUUAGACAGGUUGCCUUUGCUUCCAUGGAGUGAAUGAAACCUUUAUCUAAGUAGUCUUCAGGUAUUGCAGAGACAAAGUAGUCAUGACCUCCCAUUCGAUUCUUUUUCUUGACAGUUAUAGUUGUAUAAUGUAUAUGUUCACCUCAAAGUAACCGCAACAACGGGUGUGUAUAUAUCACAGAAUUGGCUUUGCAUGUUCAGAUUGGAAAGAGCAUGAGCACAUUACCGUUAUAAUUCCAAAUUAUGCCUCCAUUUGAUUAA